UUUAUAAAAUUAUUUGUUACCGCUUUCAACAAUUUGAAAAUUAAUUAGAUGCAAAUAGAUUUAUAUUAGAAAUAGAGUAAUUAUAUACAUCGGUUAGAGUUUCUUUUAUUUGUGUCUUAGAAAUUAGUAAAAGAAAAUUAUAUUUCAGAAAUUGAAGAUUGGAUAUUUGAAUUUGGCGGGAAGCAUGCGACGGAAGGAUGGGGGAAGUGGUGGGUGGUUAGAGACUAUAUGGCUAAUUAAGGUUCCAAAGCAGUGACGAUCGGCCGAGUAUUUUCAGAAGGUAUAAACUGAUGGGGUAGAAAAUGGAUGUAAUAAAAAAAGAGUUGCUGGCCCCAGCGAAAUACAUGAAAGUAACAGAUGGCAGGAUCUGUUUGACUGUUCACAAAAACUGGAUGACCAGUUUACUUACGUUAGGUCCAAUUUUAUUUAUUAAUCAUGAACGAUUGACAGAAGAUGAAAUUGCAGCACAACCUUUGCUUGAAGAGUUGGGACCGAACUGGAUAAGAGUGUAUGCCAAAGUCUAUGAGAAACAGCACAAAUACGCUGUUCCACUUCCUAGAGGAAGGCAUACGACCAAUGGAAAUACUCAAGCAGACUUAACAUUUUCACAAUUAUUACAUUAUGUUAUGGAAACGAAUAAUCGAAACCUGUGGAAGGACUGUUACAAAAAAUAUUACAAUCCGUGGAAUUGCAUAGAUCAUAAAGAUCAAUGCAACAUAACUGCUAACGUAAGUGCUACAUCAAUCAUGCAAGAGGUAUUGCAGAAAAUGUACGGUUGUAUAUUAGCGCAAGUUAAAGAUGGGUCUGUCAUAUCCAUAUUACCUGGCGUUUCGAUUGAAGUGCAUUGCAAUCUCCUUCCAAUAUUUUUUGCUGUCGAAACGACCUCUGCUUUUGUAACGUUGUAUGAACAGACUGCAGAAUAUUCUCUUCGCGAGUGUGUAAUGUACAGCCCAGCCGCUUUGAAUAUGAGUCACGGAAAGGCGUUGUUUCUAAUAUAUCAAUUAUUACAACUGUGCAGAGACUUGCAUGAUCGUGGCUUAGUUUUGGGCGAAGUCACUCUCAGCGAUAUAUUAUUGAUGGACAAUUUCACCAUCCAGGUUCUACCAAAACUGACUGACAAUUUGUAUAUAAAACCUGAAAAUGAGCUUAGCAAAGGUUUCGUUGGUCAAGAACCCAAAGGGAAGAAUUCUGGUGGAUAUAAAAAAGUUGCCGACAUGAUUUCAUUGAACACUACAUUGCAAGGAACACACGAUUUCGGGAAGAACGAAAACAUUGAAAAAUUGUGUGAAAUGUGGGUGUAUAACUGUAUCAGUAAUUAUGAUUAUUUGACUGCAUUGAAUAAUAUGGCUGGAAGAAGGUAUGGAGAUCCAAGUUGUCAUCACGUAAUGCCUUGGGUCACAGAUUUCACAUCACGAUGCGGUGGUAAUUGGAGGGACUUAACGAAAUCCAAGUUUCGAUUGAAUAAGGGUGACAGACAGUUAGAUUUAACUUUUGAUUCGCAAUCUGUGGAAGUCGGACACCAUGUUUCCGAUGUAUUGUCAGAAAUUACGUACUACGUGUAUCUAUCGAGGCGUUACAAUAAAUCUGUUCUUUGCAAACACGUACGACCUCAGUGGGUUCCCGGGGAAUACCCGGCAUCUAUUCAGAGAUUACACGACUGGAGUCCAGACGAAUGUGUGCCACAAUUCUUUACGGAUCCUAGUGUUUUCAAGUCUAUUCACGAGGAUUUGCCUGAUUUGGAGAUUCCUGCGUGGGCAACAUCUCCGGAGGACUUUAUCGAAAAGCAUAGAGAGGCUUUAGAAAGCUUUUACGUAUCCGAAAGAUUGCAUCAUUGGAUAGAUUUGACUUUUGGUUACAAAUUGUCCGGAUCAGCAGCGGUGAAGUCAAAGAACGUUUGCUUGCACCUUGUUGACAACCAUACAAGCUUAACAAAUUCAGGUGUUGUUCAACUCUUCACGCAACCGCAUCCUCAGAAAAUAGUUCCAUCGCUUUAUUGGUGCAAGAUUCCACCAUGGUUGCGUUCAUCCUUCGUAGUCAGUAAAUACAAAAACGAUCAAUCUGGAAACAGAGCCAGCGACGACGAAGGCCACAGUUCUGGAUUCGAAGAAGAAGAGUUACCAGUUUCAAUUUUAAAUGCAUCCAGAUCAUCGCCUCUAGUUUUAAGUCGUCUGUUAAGUCGUUCCAGAGGAUCUUUACUCUCUACGGAGGAUGUCAAGCAAGAUAAGUCCAUAAAUCAGACAAUUACACUCCCGAAAGAUUAUAAUCCAGCCACAGCAAUUAUGCAAGUGGAAACUAUGCAUACGUUUGUGAAUAAAGUCAGCUCGCAGGUUUACAAACCAGAAAUCGAACUCCACGAGUCAUCCACAAAUUACAAACAGAUCGUGGCCAGCGGUCGUAUAAAAGAACAGCAAAUACUUGGUUGUCUGAUCGUGGAAAUAUUCCUUUCAAGCAAAUUUCGAGCGACUUGGAACAUGGAGAAAGUAUCGUUCGCUAAAAGACUCAGUACUUGUUUGAACAUUUUGAAAAUGUCUGCCGAUAGUUUGCCUAAGUGUGUAAGAAAUGCAGUCGCUCUGUUGCUACAAGUCGAUAUCAUUCCGAAAAGUUACAACAUCGACAAUAUUGAAGUAACUGAUACACCAUUUCGUUAUCCAACAAUUACACAUAUGGGUCUACCGCCACCAUCCGCCCACCAGUUUCUGCAACCAAUGCUUUCCGGGAAUCUAUUUCCAUUCUCCAAGUAUUACAAGUAUCUGUUCAACAUCGUAGAGAUGUUGCAAGAAUACAACAGUAUAGCACGCGAGUUAAAUUUCAUAAUGAAGUCCGAAGAGGACACAGACAUUGCGCUGAAAACGAAAACAAGAUUCCUGUGCAAAAUCAGUGAAUGCAAAGUAAAAGCAAUUGCCAGGGAAUUGGAGCGUUUACUGUCCCACGCUGGAGUUGCGAGAGAAGCCAGCUUAGAAUUGAUAGUUCCAUACAUACAGCAAAUAAUGGAAGAACGCUAUAGCGCAGUCUUGGCUGCUUGGUACUUGUUUGAUCCCAUCGCAAAAGCAUUGGGUCCCAAAGACACUGCAGAAAUAUUUCUUUUACCCAUUAUGAAGCUGUACGAGAACGGUUCCUUUAUGGACAAUUCGUUCUACGCUGACACGCACUCUUCGGGGCUGGUUGCAAAAUUUAGAACCACUCGUUUGUACCACAGAAACUUUCUGCUGAAACUUACAGUGAGAUUGGGUCUUCGAAGGUUUCUGGACAAUUUCAUUGCGCCUCUUGUAGAAGCUGUCGGGGGAUACAGAGACUAUGAAGGAUGUUCGACUUACUCCCACAAGACUCGCAAUCUCAAGAGCUGUGAUUUGAAUGAAAUUUGCAAUGAAGGUGAAGGAAUCCUGUCACCGUUAGACGAAGAUUCCUCCGCAGACUCAGAGCAGAUUUCCUUGUCGCCAGGACCUGUAACCAGCGACUAUGCGCACAAUGUGAAUUCGAACGACAACGAUGUCGACGAAGUGUUCACAAUGGAGGCGGAGGACAGUUCUUGGAUUCCCUUGAACUCAAGUACAUUGUACGACAUUGAUUUGCACAUAGAUUUGAAUUUGACACUCAACGAUGAUGUAAAUGAAGAAGGAAGCUCUCCGUUGAGAUCGGUUAAAUCUCCAAUAAUUCCCAUACCAAAGACAUCCAACUCUCCAAACAAAUUGACAACAGAAUUCAGUAACAUUGAUUGCAACGUAGGAAGCAAAACUUCUAAUGAAGAAUUCUUGUACAACGAUACUUAUGCUGGAAUUAAUGAUUUUGGAAACAUAUUUGAGAAAAUCUCCAAUGUCGAGGAACAGAAUUCUAGCGUAUUGCAGGCAGAUGAUAGUAAAUCUGAUACUGUGAUCCAUCAAGAUCACACGGAUCAUAUUUAUCAGAAAUUUGGAUCGAACGAGUGUACGACUUCUGAGAUGAGCGCAGGAUCUGUUACCUGGUUGUCUCAUCGACUCGGACCAGUUCUUACGGCUCGAUAUCUAUCCAGAAAUUUAUUGCGAAUGCUUGCGCUAUGUUACACUGGAAAAGAAAACUUAACAAUAAUCGAUGAUGUUUCAACAUCCAUGCAAGGCAUUACCUGGAACAAAAAGGUUUUAGUCGGAGACCGUAAUGCUGUAAAAGUUCUGGAAUGCCUCGCAGCUAUUGCAGGUCUUUAUGGAGAACAGAUUAUAAUAUUGCAGUAUUUUGCACACAUGGUCGAACUGUUAGCUCUUUGCAAGAGAAAAUUGACACAGAAUUUAGAGGGUGGACUCAUUUCGUGCUUGACUCUCUUGAAUUACAUUACGACAUACCUGAACGAUGCAACAUUGAUGGAUGUGUUUCACGAACUGAUCGUCAAAGCAAUACUGCAUCCUACGGUUCGAAUACUAUCGUCAACAAGGUUUACUUUUCCUAACGGAAUCUUAGCACGUUCUGUGUUAGCAGAAAAAUGUUUAGAGACUAUGUUCGUGUUCAGUUUACGACUAGGGAAUGUUAUCGUGAAGAAUCAUUUAGCCGUACCAAUCCAAAGAUUUUUCUUGACGUUCGAUAAAUCGUUUAGCCAAAGUGUUGGGAAUUUGAAGGGUGAAAUUAAUCAAAAACUAGGCGAACACUUUGCGAGGACAAAGUCUUCAACCGAAGAUAAUAGAGAUGUCCAAGGACUUCAACCAAAUUUCAACAUAGACGUUGCUGAUUCCUACUCUCCACCUGUGGUAGAAAAUUUGGAUACAGCGGACCCUCAAAAGGAUAAAGCACUUGACGAACUGAGAGCCGUAUUCACAACUGAGUUCGCUCACAAAGCAUACAUGCUCUUCUACAAAUGCAUCGACAACGAAGUAAUGGAACAGAUACUUAAAAACUACGAACAUAUCCAUCAUUUAUGCCACAAAUAUGAACAGGAGACUAAAAUUACUUCGUCGAAUGUUGAUACCAGCAAACAUAAUACUCCGUACAACAGCAAUUAUAAUGCAAUGGAAAGUACAGGAACGGCUAACAAGGAUGUCUCGAAUUUUGGAAAUAUAUCGGUGGUGGGCAAUAGAUUCGCAGUACAAAAGAACGAUGUUGGGGACUGUAUAACGUCAGAAAAUACGGUUAACAAUCGUGAGACCAGUUCUACGUACAUUGGGAGACAAUUACGAGGGAAUUGGCUAGCAUAUUGGGAACAUGAAAUUGGAAGAUCAGAUAAAGAUGUAGCAUUUAACAUAAAGCAAAUAAAGCUUCAAACGUUCAGUGGUCAUACCAACAGUAUUAGAUGUCUCAACGUAUUGGAUAACGAGAAUAGUUUUAUAAGCGGUGGAAGAGAUAAGACUGUAAAAUUAUGGAGCUUGAGAAGCCAGGGCGAUGGAAACACAGUUUCGUCUUGUCAGUAUACAUACACCGGGCACAAGAAAUCCAUUCUUGCGCUAACGUUCUUAGAAUCUUUGAGAUAUGUGGUUACCUGCGACGGAACGAUCCAUUGCUGGGAUCCUUUCAUGGGUUCGCUCUUAGGAUGUCCAGAAAGCUCCCGUCCUGUGCCUGUGAAUACAUUAACUGCAAGCCCUUCGCCCUGUACCACUCUGCUUGCUGGAACAACCGAUAUUACACUUAGAGUAAUUGAUUGCCGAACGUUUCAGUACGUCAACGAAAUGAAGGUAUCUGUGAACCCGACGGGUUUGAUUAGAUGCAUUGCAGUGGCACCCAGUGGUUACUGGGUGGCGUUGGGGCAGGCUUCAGGAUUUUUAACAAUUUUAGAUACUCGUACAGGUCUCAUCAUUGCAUCGUGGAAGGGGCACGAAUGCGAAAUAUUGCAAUUGGAGGCGAUAAACGAAACAACCAUCGUUAGUUCUUCGCUGGAUGAGACCAUUGCUGUGUGGAGUGCGCUGGAUGGAAAACUGAAAUUCCAUAUGAAGGGAUCCACCGAACCGGUUCAUUGCAUGUCUACCUACGAACAAGAGUUAAUAAUAGGUACAACAGCAAAUCGUGUGGGAGUUUAUACGUCAAUAGAAACAACAGCUUCAUUCUCAUCAUCAAAAUUGAAAUCAGAUACCUUUAAAGGUCUUCUAACUACGAUGGCUAUUCUGCCAUUAAAUCGAUUGUUAUUAUUAGGCGCAGACAAUGGUGGUAUCACUUUAAUUUGCUAAUCUGCACAUUUAAACAAACUCUUUCAACAUGUAAAUAAAUUGAAUUACGUAAUUAUGC